GAUUUUUCCCACAAAAGAACAGGUUUUAGUGGUUUUUGGUGUUUUUUUACAGGGGUGGCACAAGACGGGAUCUGAUGGCUCCUCCUUCCCUUCUGUGCACUCUCCAGUGCCAGCUACCGGGGCUGGGAGUUCCAUGCUGUGAUCCCACAGAACGACAACGAGUCCCCCAGCACGUACCUGCAGCUGCUGCUCGCCUUCUAUGGCCCUGCUGACACCCAGGUGUCGGGGAUGCUCUGUGGCAGCUCCAUCACCCAGAACACCACCCUGAGACCAGAUGUCACUGUGCCCUUGCCCUUUCCUGCUACCCUGGAACUCACUGGAAGCCACACUUCCCAUAAAACCUUGGUGAUUGAGGCCAGUGCUGACAUCUCUGUGACGUCUGUCAGUACCAAUGGCUACACUGUGGAUGCCAUUGCCUUCCUACCUAUGGAGAGCCUGGGCAUCAGGUACUAUGUGGUGACACCGGUUGGGAACUAAACUUGCGGCCUGACUGAGUUUAUGGUGGCCACUGACCCCACCACCAUCACUCUUAGCAUCAGCACCAGCACCACUUUCCACUUUGCUGGGGCCACAUACAUCCCCGUUGCCGUGCUCCGCCUAUUCCUGCAGCCCUACCACAGCCUGCAGCUCCAGAGCAGCCAGGACUUCACUGGCACAGUUGUGGUGGCCGACACCCCUGUGGUCGUCCUCAGUGGCCACACCUGUGUCAAGGUAUCUGCUGGAUUUGACUUUGUGGUGGAGCAGUUCCUCCCAAUGACAGUGUGGGGGAGGAGCUACGUGGUGCCACCCAACCCACUGCAGACAGAGGCUGAUUUUGUUUAUGUGGUGACGGAUGAAGACAACACCGUCAACUACAAUACUGGGAGCAGGAAUGCCACUGUGGCCAUGGCAACAAGGGAGGUGCAGACAUUCGUGGUGAACUGUGGGGUGCAGAGGUUCAGGGACAUCACGCCAUAACCAAUAUGAUCCAGUGAAGCCAAAUUUAUUAUCCCUAAAAGGACUAUAUUUAUAAUAAGUUUCUACUGUUCACGUGUCUAUAGCUAAUACAUGAUUGGUUAAUCCUAGCUGUUCACGUAUCUAAAAUGGAAUGCUGAUUGGAUCAUCUAAUUUUUCACACAUCUUGCUGUGGUUGUCUGGCCCACCCACAAUCAUGUAUAGCUAAUACAUGAUUGGUUAAUCCUAGCUGUUCACGUAUCUAAAAUGGAAUGCUGAUUGGAUCAUCUAAUUUUUCACACGUCUUGCUGUGGUUGUCUGAUUGGAUCAUCUAAUUUUUCACACGU